AGUCACUCAUUUCCCUUCCGUCUCUUCUCUUCCUCCUAACGUUAAAAACUGUCCACCCAACGGCUCUCCUCUGUCUCUCUCUCUCUUCCCUUGGACUUCCAUCCAUCAUAACUCAUCUCCUCUGUACCCAUCUCUUUCCUUCUUCCUUCCCUUCUCACUGUCUGCACGACUUUUGAUGCUCCUCUCCAACGGCUACUUACUUAGCUUUCGCCUGUGCUUUAGCAGUUGGGCAUGUGGCGAACGCAAGCCGGACAGCCGGCCAUCUGGUAAAAUGCUUAGGUUUCUAUAAAACGGGGUGCGGAAGGGCAGCAGCGACUUGGCUUCGCCCCCCAAGAUCUGAAUGAGAUCUAAGUUGGAGCAAAAGAGAGCUGCUGGGUCAGUCAGUCAACCAAGUCGCGGGGCAAUCAUUGGACUUAGACUCCCCCCUUCUUCUUUCUCUCCUUGUCCUUCUCCUUGGCGCCGUUAAAAAUGGUGGUGAGCGAGGUUUAAUUAGACUGGGGAUUCUACACAGCCCAUUAUUAACUCCAUUGUCCAUUGCCAUCAUUAUUGAUACGGUUCCUGAGCUUAGACCUUGCUAUUUAUUGCGUCUGCAUCGUGUUGUGCCGCUGCCUUCUUCAUUUAGCGUUACCCUCUUCAUGGAUCUCCGUCGCCCAUGUCUUCUUCUUCUUCUUCUUUUUCUAGUGCUGCAUUGUUGCCGGGCUCAGCCUUCCCCUGGUUACUUCCCCAGCUACCGGUACCGGCCGCUCAGGGGCUUCAAUCGCGGCUUCAACAAUCUCUGGGGCCCCGAGCACCAGAUCGUCACCGGCGACCAGCGCUCCGUCACGAUUUGGCUCGACAGCCACUCGGGGAGCGGCUUCAAAUCCAUCAAGCCAUUCCGGAAUGGGUAUUUUAGCGCGUCGAUUAAGCUCCAACCUGGGUACACCGCCGGAGUGAACACCGCCUUUUACCUCUCGAACAACCAAGUGCAUCCUGGGUUCCACGACGAGGUGGACAUCGAGUUCCUGGGGACGACGCCCGGAAAGCCGUACACGCUGCAGACAAACGUGUACGUGAGAGGCAGCGGCGAUCGCCGGAUCAUCGGCAGGGAGAUGAAGUUCCACCUCUGGUUCGAUCCCACUGCAGGCUUCCACAACUACGCCAUUCUCUGGAAUCCAACUGAGAUCAUAUUCUACGUCGACGACGUACCCAUCCGCCGGUACCCGCGAAGAAACGCCGGGACGUACCCGCUGAGGCCGAUGUGGCUGUACGGGUCGAUUUGGGACGCGUCCUCGUGGGCGACGGAGGACGGCAAGUACAAGGCCGACUACCGGUACCAGCCGUUCGUGGCGCGGUUCACCCGGUUCACCGUCCACGGCUGCUCCGCCUUCGCGCCGCCUCGCUGCCACCCGGUGCCGCCGUCGGGGUACGGCGCCGGGCUGAGCCGGCAGCAGAGCGCGGCCAUGCAAUGGGCUCAGAGGAACUACAUGGUCUACAACUACUGCAGCGAUCCAAAGAGGGAUCAUUCCCUAACCCCUGAGUGCCGGUCCUGAAGACAAUCAUGCAACUCUUAUCCUUAUCAUAAAUAUUAUUAUCAUCAGCUUCAAGUUGUAAGCUUGUAAUUUGAUUCUAGAUAUCAUGAUCGAUGAGGCGAUAAAUAAAAAAAAUGGAGAGAGAAAUCAAAAAGCUGAAGAGGAAGCAAGAGAUAAGGCGAUGACGAUCGAGUAUAAUGUCGGCUUCUUGUCUCUCUUGUCAUUUCUCAGUGUUUGGAAGCGAAAAUGGUGCUGGUAUUUUGAUGUUGCACGACCAAUGACAAGACUUCGCUGUUGACUUGGAAUUGCAAUUGUAUUUUUUUCCGGAUGUUGUGUUUUUGUCGAUUGAUCAGUAGGGAGGAACAUCCGAACAUGAUUGCAUGAACAUGAACAGAGUACAACCUUUUGAAGAAGUUUUAAAAGGGCCGGAUCGAUCUUGAAAGCCCAUUAAUGGCCUAAUAAAUGCUUCCCAAUUCGCCGUCUCGUGUCGGCUUCUGCGAUUUUGGAGCUCUCUCGGCACCGGCGGAGAGGAAUCGGAAGGAACUUGCUGUUGCUGUCCGAUCCGUCGUUGACUGGAGUACGAGGAGGAUGAUUGGCUUCGGAUGUGAGUCUCAUGGCCUUUAUCGGCUUCAACAACCCUCUCUUGUUGGUUCGGCGACGACAUCUCCACUUCUUAUUCAUGCUCAGUUGGGACAUCCAGAUUUAAUGUACUAUGUAGGGACAUCUACUGAACAAAGAAGAAAACCAAUCAAGUCUGUCGAAGAUUUUCCAUCGAGCCUUGAUAUAUCCUUCAGCAGAGGCCCCCAAGAGAACUGCAGUACAGUAGUUUGCAUGAAGUGUUUGUCUAAUUCAGUGGAAUUCAUAGUUGCUUACCACAUAAUCUUCUGGUGAAAUCCAGCUAUCUCCCAAAGCAACACCUAUCAAUAAGUACCAACUUCAACUUGUUUCUUUAGCUGCAAAGACAAGGAAUCGAGGGAUAGAGGAAACAAAGGUACCUCCAAACUUGAGCUUCAAUUCUCCUGCUUUAAUGGCUUUAUGGAUAGCUAAACCAACAGUGGCAGCAAACUUCCCUCCAUAAGAUUCUGCCACAAUAAAGAGCGGGCUCUUCUGCCAUGCUUCGUUGCCAUUGUAGAGCUUCUUGAGAAGCGUCGUCAAAUCCGUGGCCGCCGCCACGUCGCUCUUCACAAGAAGGCUCUCGUCCUCCACGAAGCUGAACCCUGUACCCACGGGAUUGUCC